GAUUUUGUUCGGAAAUUUUUUUCAUGUUUGUUUCGAUGCGCUUUUGUUAGAAAUAACAAAGGAACUGUUAUUUUGAUUAAGUAUUAUGACAAGUUAAAGCAGUAAGUUUGGUUUCCAGAUGCAGCAAUCGGUGAGGUUGUUUUUGGGUCGGAAUGGUUUAAAAAGGUUGAAUUGUACGUCUGUUACUCACUAUUCAAGUCGGAGCAAUUCGGAUACGUCGGACGCAUAUAAAGUAAUUAAACCCCGUAGAUCAGCAGAAGAAAUAGAUGACAGUCAGGUACCUAACUGGGAGCUACUAGCACCACGUGGUUAUCGCUUCUACCUUCCAGGUGGCCUGGGCCCUGCUUGGUAUGAUUCUACUUCCACUCCUUUGCCAUAUGGUGCAAUUGCUCAGACACCAGUAACUGACAGCAAGUUUGAUUUCACAGUACAGCGAUGCCCAGUGUUACUGAGGAAAGAUGUGGAGGAACUGUUCUCUGGAGUCAACUUUCGAGGCUUAGAACUUAGUGUUGUUACAUUAACAUACCACAGAGCUAAGAAACGUACUCUGGGAGGAAAUGUCGCUGCAGAUCCUGAAGGAGAGAGGGAAACUGUUGUCAAAAGUUUUGUGGUUGUAGCCCAAGAAGUAUGUGCUAAACUGAAGAUGGCAGGGUACUGGGCAGACUUUGUGAACCCGUUCUCAGGACGGCCAUAUUUUGGCACAGGUUUCGAACUGGGUGGAAUGCUGUAUCGUGUGGAUCCUCGCUUCCGCUGCCUGGGAUUCCGCGUUAUUGAUGCACCCACUGGGUGCAGUAUUCUUGCUCACUCUGCACAGGCACCACUUACAGGAAACCUAUUCACCACUGCCCCUUCGAGUGCGGAUCUGCUGACAGAGAUUUUAAACCAGUUUUCAUAGAUAAUAAAUUACCUACAUAAAUUUGUUGUCUGAGUCUGUGAUGUAUCUUUAGUUUUGUUGUUAAAUAAACUAGAAUUUGGACAUUAAAAAAAAUCAGUAUGUUUUUUAUCAUAA